GUUGAAGAUUUUACAAUUUUCCUCGAACGCCCAUUUUUGUACGGUCACGGUUCGCCGACCAAAUAUUAACAAAAAUCCAAGAAGCCCAUGAACGUAAGCCGCGGUAACGGUUGUCUGAAGAUUGAAUUUCACGUGAAACCGCCGAUCAAUUUCGUCAAAGGCCAAACGCUUGCGUCUUGUUACUUAAACUUGUUCAUAUUCUUCUUCAAAACUUAGUAGAAAGUACUUCAAACUCGACCAGUUCAUUCAUACGGAAACCCGGCCGGCGAAUAUUCGUGUGUUGCGUUUGUGUGUGUGUGUGUGUGUGUGUGCUGCGGUUUUGAAAAGUGAAAGAAGGAAAUGAAGGCAAUCUGGAGCAACGAUGCACAACGCGCGCGACGGAGGUCCCUUUCACUAGAGUUGGUGCGAUGAUUGCGCUGGUUGGCGUAUGCUUUCACAGUCGCGCAAAAGGAAAAAAAAUCGCCUUAGCAACAGUGAGUAGCAACCACGACAUCACACCGCACAUGAGGAGGAGGAGCGAAUAUGCAACGUCGCACCUUUUUGAUCGCGAAAUUCAUGCCACCACCGCUGCAGCAGCUGAUUGAUCGAUUAUCAACGCGUUGAGGUUAUGUGGCAGAGCUGCGAUCAUGCAGCGCCCUGUCGCGGGCUUUGCAAUGUCUCGUGGAUAGGCAAAUGUGAUUCUAUUUUACGACGCUGUAUUGCAUAUAAUUUUCUUUUAAAGUAAAAUUAAUCCUCACCGGAAGGGCAAUACGCACAACACCCGGGAAGUUACAAGGAAAGGUCAUUGAAACAGGGAGUCCAUUAUGCAUCUCACCAACACACAUACACACACACACUCCUAGAGAGGGGCAGAAUUUGCACAUGGAAAAGAAGUUGGGCAAAAAUGUGCGUGACAUGCAGGUUUGCGUGUGUGUGCGUGUGUGUUUCGAUCGGUAUGGUAAUGUGUCGGUGUGCGCAUUAUACGACCUUUUCGUUCCAGCGGCUGCUAUUUUUACACCGGCCGGCAUUUUCGGAAUGUUUAACCGACAUCAACUGGCAAGCAGGCAACGUUUCACAUUUUUCUCAUACAAUUCAUCGCCUACUUUGGUAGUGGUGGUACGGAUGGCGCCGGUGUGUUUGGUGGUAGAGCGUCUUACAGAAAUCAAAUGCGAUUUUGCCACGGUGUGCGUUGGUGUUAGUGUGGACGGCAAGAUGCUGCUGAAUAAUUACAGUACCGGUGACUGGAAAACUUGAAUGAAUCUAAAUAUAAAUGAAACCCAUUUUAUGUGCAUAGACACUGAUGAAAGACAAUUCAAUCGCUCGAGAGCUCCAAAUUGUGAAAUGCACCAAUGACCUCUAGUAGCUGCUGAUAGGUGAGAAGGAGGAUGCCCAUAUUCCAAAAAUAAAACUCCGCAGCAGGAAUGAAUCGACGACACACGAUCCGCCAGGAUGAUUGUCCAGAAAGUAAUAAUCGCUGGUAGCAAACAAAGCAAAGCUUAUCUUGAUCGUGAUCUACAUCCAAGGAUGAACUUACAGGAGUUUGCAGGGGUUCUGGAAAUUGUGGCACACUUUCCGGACCCUUUCGCACGGGAAGUGAUACUUUGGGCCCGCUGGACGAUAAAGCGGUCACCAUUGCAAAUUUCAAUUUAUGGGAAAUGGAUUCUAUCCCAACCUUAUUUAUCAGAAUUCUAGUGCAUGCUUAUUCCUAUUGGAUUUCCAUUUGGCCUUUGCAAUCAGAGUGCCUUAGAAUCCACCUUCCGUCACAAUUAGAUUCACUACAGUGAUAGCUUUAUCCUUAGCUCGCCACUGCAAAGUAUCACUUCCAGUGCAAAAGUGUCUAGAAAGUGUGCCAAGAGCAUAAAAACAGUCAUCUCCUGAAAACCCCUAUAAUGCUGAUAAGCCGAUUGCCCGAUCACUUCAAUUGCGAAAUGCCAGUGCCCGUCAGGAAGGCAUCAGAAACACUUCGAGGUAGAUCAUCGGACAGCACUGAUACAUCAUGGCCCGUCCCCUACUAUCUCCGAUUAUUUUGCUCUUCAUGGUAUCCACACUAUUUCGCUUAUCUGCCAGUAAUCGUGAGGCGAUAGGUUAUAGAGUUUUGCAGCAGAAAUCGUACUACCUCGGUACCACAUUCAGGCUAAACUGGCAUAAGGCAGCCGCUUUCUGCCGAUCGCAAGGACUCUUCCUGGUCUCGAUCAACAGCCAGUCACAGCUAGAUGAAGUGAUUGAGUACGUGAACAAAAGUGGAUUCUUUAAUGCGAACGAGAGCAACCUGCAACUGUGGACAUCGGGCAAUGAUUUGGGAGAGAAAAAUCAAUUCCUCUGGACGUCGACCGGUGAGAGGAUCACGUUUAAUCAAUGGACUCAGGGUGAACCAAAUCAUGCUCAGGUGGGCAACUGUACAGUGGAGCAUUGUGUGGUGCUGCAGCACUACCAAAACGGUCUCGGUGCUACCUAUUCGUUUGAUGAUAGAGCAUGUGAAUGGCAAUACUAUUUCAUGUGCGAAUCGUUGGAUGGUUAAAGUGCAGGAUAACUUGUUAGGGUGGUAAAGGAGAUGGAUUAAUUUAAAAUUUCAUGCAUAAGUUUUUUCCGUAAAGAUUAUUUCAUAUGAAUCAACAGCGAUAAGUGAUUCGUGUCUCGAAACGCUAAUGAUCCGUAUAAAUUUUAAAAGAUUAAUGAAUAUCGAAAGAUUUGUUGAUUUCUAGCAGAAAAUAAUUGAUUCUUUAGAUAUUCAUGAAUCCCUAAAGUGUUGCUUGCUGCAAUCCCUGAGUUUUGCUUUAUUGCAAGUCUUGAUGUGAGUUUCGGACUAGCAUACAUAACACAAAGCCUUGGUCUGCCAUAGCAUAGAAAUCGGUUCAGUUGCGGUCGAGUACUGGCGUUCCUGCUGUACCGAAGAGCGGGAAGUCGUUAUCGAGUAUCGGGACAGUACCGGGUACACGAAAACGCAUAAAGACCUCAUGGCCUGGAUGUCUGCGAACGAUCUCGGCGAGGAGGGUGAAUUCCAUUGGUCCUCGACGGUUACAAGAUUGACGACUGCACGGCCAUCCUUUCCCAACUAUAACUACACCUUCAACGAUCGCUUCUGUGGGCGGGAAUGCAACGUUACCUGCAUAAGUUUGGGCCAGUUCUUAUAUGAAGAUUGUUUAUAAAAUAGAAAGCAAUUAAAAUCCAGUUAACUCCACUGCC